UUGGAACCUUGUCGAUUCAGACGGUGCGGAGGCGGUCUGCUUUGCUUGCCGGGUCAGAUAAAUAUACAGAGCGGGCGAGCAGAGGAUUUCAAGGGUACCAUCAUGGGGAUGCUGGCGCUCAACCGGCUCCUGCCCGUGCGGCAGGAUCGGCGCCGCCGGAAAACACAAUCCCGUAGCAUGUCAAUCGCUUCACUGUCUGGCAAAAAAAGCUCAAUCGGUCAUCCCCAAGGUGGCAAAACGAGGCGAUGUCCAGGGCCGGACCUUCCACAGGGCAUCUGGGAUGAUAUAUUGGCACUGCUGCCACUGCAAGAUGCUGUCAGAGCUGGCUGUGUGUCUCACACAUUACUAAGCUCCUGGAGAUGCCGUCCCGACCUCACCUUCAGCAAUGAAACACUGGGCCUGGAUGGAAAUGUGUAUGGAAGCAAUAAACUCGCAAGGGUUUUGGCCAAGAGAGUUGACCGCAUCAUGAAAAAACACUCAGGCAUUGGAGUGAAGAAAUUUGAACUUCACUAUGGUGGUUCUUCCCUCAAAUCUAGUUAUCUCGACAGGUGGCUUCGCAUUGCAGUUGCUCCAGGGAUCGAAGAAGUCAUACUUUUGGUGCCGGGACAACCCAACGAAACGUAUCACAACUUCCCAUGCUCACUUUUAUCCAAUGGGAGUGGAAGCUCGAUUCAGCAUCUCCGCCUCACCUCUUGUGCCUUCCAUCCAGUGGCUGGUUUCGGCUGCUUGAGAAGGCUGCAUCUCGAUGAAGUGGAUAGAGAGCAGUUUUUCCUACCGCGUCCUACAUGGUACCCCAUAUCAGAGGCGUCCAUACGGGCUCCAGUUUUCAUGUGGAUGUGUGCCUCGAUGCGAAUUUCAGCAGCUGGAACCAGGCGCUCGAACCUCAAUCCUCUGCCCCGAGGCCUACUCAAUUUUAAAUUUGGAUGGGCCUGGUAGGUAACUGUAGACGACAUGACUUGUCAUGUGUCCAUCCCCCAUCAGACCCGCUGUACACUUUUGACAGCCAACGACGCGGGCACAGCACAUUCAGCUCUUCCUCAGUUGUGGAAACUGGAAACAACUCUUGCUUCUUGGUUCUGCAAAUCUUUUGAUCCAGAUUCGUAUGAACAUAUUGAUGUUGACAUUGCAAAUCGGCGCAUUAAGAUUUAAUUUUUGUUGACCCCGCUGUCAUGUUCGUGUUUCGGGAACUCUUUUUCCAUCAACCUGUACCUUAUAUUGUCCUAUCCCAAGUCCAGAAACUUUUUACACGAACAUGUGUUCUACCAGUCCAUGGCUGAAGCGUAGUAUGCCAAAAUAAAAUACAGUCCGGUGUACACCAAAAUUAAAUUCUCACAUAAAAGCACUAUUCAAUUCUCGUCCACCCCUGGGUGGUGGUGAGGGAUAGUUGUGAGAAUGUGUGGGGAGAAACCGAUGAAGCCAGGCCACGAGAUGAACAGUGCAGAAGAGGCCAAAUAGGGGCUGACCCCAACAACUAGCAUGCAGAACCUAGCCCUAGCUAGGUCGAAUUACUAUUCACUUGCAACAGCGGAACUCGCUAACGAUGCUGGCGCGGUUGGGAGAAGGUCACGUGAAGCUUUUCAGACGCACAAAUCAUGACGUGAAUAGAGGGCCAUGAUAAUGGGUACCGUGGAGCUCGAGCUAGGCUGGAACUUUCCGAAGUGGAUAUUACGGGUGAUGAGUUAUGGCGCCUUCUUUCCAAUUCUCUUGCUAUGGAGGAGCUGGAUCUCAACAAUUGCGAUAAAAUAACUUCCCUCAAGAUACCUUGCCAGUUAGACAGGCUCAACUCCUUGUCCGUGUCUAGUUGUUUUGCUCUGAAGGCGGUAGAAAAUAAAGCUCCAAAUCUUUGCAACGUUCAAAUCGAUGGCAACCUGGUACAACUUAUACUUGGAUAUACAUGGCAAGUGAAGGACCUAGAAGUGCUAGAUUCCAGCAAACGUAAUCUCGUUCGUUAUGCUUGUGUUGAUCUUCCAUACAUUAUGCCAAAUCUUGAAGCCCUCUACGUAUCUUC